AUGGCCAACAGGGGACCUGUGUAUGGCCUGAGCCAGAAGGUACAGCAGAAGAUUUGGAAACAACACGAUGCAGACCUGGAGCAGAUCCUGAUCCAGUGGAUCACUGCCCAGUGCCCCAAAGAUGUGGUCUGGCCCCAGCAUGGAUGUCAGAAUUUCCAGAACUGGCUCAAGGAUGGCAUGGUGCUGUGUGAACUCAUUAAUGGACUGUACCCCAAGGGGCAGGCCCCAGUAAAGAAGACACAGGCCUUCAAACAGAUGGAGCAGAUCUCUCAAUUCCUGCAAGCAGCUGAGCACCACGGCAUUAGCAACACUGACAUCUUCCAAACUGUGGACUUCUGGGAAGGAAAGAACAUGGCCUGUGUGCAGCGGACCCUGAUGAACCUGGGUGGGCUGGUGGUAGCCCGGGAUGAUGGGCUCUUCUUUGGGGAUGCCAAUUGGUUCCCUAAGAAAUCCAAGGAGAACCCUCGGAACUUCUCAGACAACUAUCUGCAAGAGGACAAGAACGUGAUUGGGUUACAGAUGGGCACCAACCACUGGGCGUCUCAGGUAGGCAUGACAGGCUAUGGGAUGCCAUGUCAGAUUCUCUGA